CCCAGGACCCUGCAUUCACUAUAUCCGCUCUCCCCGGACCCUGCAUUCACUAUAUCUGGUCUCCCCGGACCCUGCAUUCACUAUAUCUGGUCUCCCCAGACCCUGUAUUCACUAUAUCUGGUCUCCUCGGACCCUGCAUUCACUAUAUCUGGUCUCCCCGGACACUGCAUUCACUAUAUCCGGUCUCCCUGGACCCUGUAUUCACUAUAUCUGGUAUCCCCGGACCCUGCAUUCACUAUAUCUGGUCUUCCACAGUACACACAACAUGGAAAUGCACCCUCCCCUCCAAAAAAAGGCUCCUUAGCAAGACACACAAAACUGAGCAUGUGCAGCUUGCCCCCAAGUCUCUGUACUAUCAGGAGA